UCGCCGGCCAAAAGCGAACAACGAGAAGCUCAACCUCACCUCAGCUCCAAUCCCCGUUCCAAACGUCAAUCCGCACACCGCGCAUCAAGCACAAUGUCUCUCCUCGGCAAGAAGUGGCCCACGCCCGUCGCUAGGCCCAUGGCUCCUUUCUACGCUGCCGGCCUCAUCAUCCUUUACGGUGUCAACAGCCUUUCCAACACCAUCAAGAGCACCGAUGAGUGGAAGAACGACCCCCGCAACACAGGCCUCAAGAGCACUGGCGGUCAUUAAACGUCGCGAACCUAGAGGAAUAGAGGCUGC